AUGUCGCCGAAAAAGCUUCUCCUAACAGUUGAUGACUAUCGCAAAGAAGCCGAGACAAAGCUAAACAAGAUGGAAUUGGAAUAUUACAAUGGAGGGGCAGAUGAAGAAUUAACUUUAGCACGAAAUGAAAAAGCUUUUCAAAGCCUUCUUAUCGUUCCCAGAUGUUUGAGAGACGUUAGCGAAAUGGACACGACCGUGGAGUGGUUUGGAAGCGAGAUCGCGUGA